CCCUUCCCCCCCGCUGAUGGUGUGAUUAUCGAGCCCAAAAAUUGAAAGUUGUAUCAUAUGAUAGCUGCAGACUUGUUUUAUCGAUUCUCAUCAAUUUUCCCUGGAAUACACUUUCCCUGGUGGCGACAAGGGACCUGGUUUUUAUACAUUAAUGCCCCCUCCCCCUGCCAAUAACGUUUUUCCUCCUCCCGCAGCAUAAUUAUUGAGCCCAAAAUUUAAAAAUUGUAUAGUAUGAAAGCCCAAAAUUUGCUCUAUCGAAUGACACAUUCAUCUUCAAGAUCUGUGUUGGUGGCGGGCUAACCAUGAAGCUGGCCCGCCGAAUUUGAAAACUUUCGAAGUCUCUCAUGGUCGUAUUUUCCGAGCCCAAAAUUUGAAAUGGGUAUAGAAUGAAAGCCCAAGAUUCACUCUAUCAAAUGACACCUUCAAUCUUGAAGAUGAAUAAUACAUUAUACAUUAAUACAUUAAUGAUGAUUAAUACAUUAACCCCCCCACCCCCUGCCAAUAACGUUUUUCCUCUGCCCGCAGAGUAAUUAUUGAGCCCAAAAUUUGAAAAUGGUAUAGAAUGAAAGCCCAAAAUUCUCUCUAUCCAAUGACAUCUUCAUCUUCAAGAUCGGUGAUGGUGGCGGGCUAACCAUGAAGCUGGCCCGCCAAUGUAUAAACCCCUAUAAAACCCAUUUCCGGUUGAGGCCAAAAAUUCAAACUUGGUUUUUCUGGAAGCCCAAAAAAAGCCCUAAAUAUUGGCAUAUGUUUCAAAUUUUGGGCUCAAUAUGGUGGGGCCAGCUUCACGGCGGUGCUUUUGACAGUUCAUCACCCGGUCGCCAUCUUUGAUUUUUCUAGCCUGGGUCAGGAAUCAUGACCCAACCAAAUAGUAUAGAGUCACCUGGAAUCGGAGCGCUCCUAUUGGUGGAUAGAUUCGCGUCAUCUAUUCUGGUCUGCAGUCAAGAAAACAACAUAACUUUUGCAAAUAUGGAGGAUUACUAUGAACAGCAGUAUGUUUUUGAUGGCAUAUUUUAUAAAAUAAUCAAAAAGAAGGAGAUUAUUGGCUGGCAACCCGGACUUCUUCCAGUCCUAUCUGAAAAAAACAAUGGCCACAUCGAGAUGGUUGGUGUAGCAACAGAAGCCACCACAGACAGUCAUGUGUGGACGACUGAAGCGACCAAACUACUUUUGGAAGAGUACCGCACGAGGACAAACAAAUUCAGAAACUCUAAAAUUUACAAUGUAAUACUAUGGAGAGAAAUCAUUGAUGUUUUUGAAGCCCAUGGGUACUCUGGGAUCACUGAAAAGAUCCUAGAUGAUAAAUUUAGAAGCUUGAAACGAACAUUUAAUCGAAAAAAAAACAAUGAUACUAGAAAAAGCACUGAUAAGGGGUCCAUCAAGCCUUGGGAAUUUUAUGAUUCAAUGGCAGAUAUUUUGCAAGAUGAUUCUAUGGUCAACUUGCAUAAAGCAUUUAUUAUGAGCAGCUUCUUUGCCCCUCCUUCCACAUCAACAUCCCCUGCCCAUCCACUUCCCUCAACUUCCUUUGCCCAUCCACCCCCAUCAUCAUCUCCAGCCAAUCCACUUCCCUCAACUUCCUUUGCCCAUCCACCCCCAUCAUCUAAACAUUCUCCACCCCUCCCCCACCUCCAUUAUCUCCAGCCCAUCCUUUUCCCUCAACAACCUUCACCCCUCCACCACCAUCAGCAUCCCCUGCCUAUCCUUUCUCAUCAACCUCGACAGCUUCAUGUCUCCCAAAUACGCCAACCAAGAGAAAUCUUCCAGAUGAUGAUCCAUCUCCGCAAAAAAAGGAUGAGAGUAAAGCCUAGUAGGAGAUGGCAAAAGUUGGAGGAGCAAAGGAGGGAGAGUUUGGAGCUGGAGAGAAAGAGGGUGAAAGCCCUACAGGGGAUUGAACAGGCCAUCAAGGAUUCAAAUAUAAUUGAAAAACAAAAGCUUGAAUUACUAAAAUUAAAUGUAAAUAUCAACAUUGAAAAAAAUGAAAUAAUGAAAAAAGCUUUGGAAAAAAAAUUAUUUAAAGUAAGGGUAGGUUAUGUUUUCACAAAAAUGAAAAUAAAAUAAAUUAAUAAAAUACUGAAUAUAUCUUGUUUUAUUAUCCUUAAUUUCAUGUUCAGUAAUUAUUUUGUCCAAAGUAGUUGAAUGACAAAAUUUAUUGAACCACAAAUGGAAUUGUUAUGGAAUGAACACAUUUAUUACACUAAAUUUCUCACUCUUAGCACAUUCAAAAGAUUGAAAGUUUCCUAAAAUCAAUAUAAUAUGCUUCUAUUUUUCCUAAUUUUAUGUACAGUGAUUAUUAUUGUCAAAUACAUGUUAAUGAUACUUAUACCAAUUUCAAUAAACCAAUCAUAAAAAAUGCAUAGACUUACUGAAUAAUGAAAUAUUUAAAUUAUAUACUAUUUAUACAAUAUAAUAAUGGAAAGCAAUAAUGUUUUUGAGUGAUAGUGAAUUAUAACGGGUUUCCUAUGGGGGCACAACCCGAAAUUGAAUGACAAAAUUUAUUGCACUACAAAUGAAUUCUUAUAAAAUAAACACAUUUAUUACACUAAAUUUCUUACACUUAGCACAAUCAUUAAAUCGAUCAAAUUAUUUAUUGUCACACAACAUUAAAAUGUUACAACAACGUCAUUAAUAACACAGAAAACAUCAAUUUAAAAAAUCUAUUACAAAGAAAUCUUCAACUUUAUAUAAACAUUCAUUGACCAGUACUUUUCUCAAAUAUUUACAGUAACUAUUAAAGCUCAUCCUUUUGAUAUUUUCAGGCGAAGCAUUAUAAAGUUUUAUUGACAUGUAUUGCCAGUUUUUCUGAGAUCUUGUAAAUUGGCAAUACUUGACUCUUAUAUUAUUCCUAUGUCUAGUGUUAUGUUGGUGUAUCCUAGAGUUAACAUCAUAUUCAUUUUCAGUUUUCUUCACUGAAAUCAUGCAUAACAAUACAUACAAAGAUGGCAGUGUUAAUAGUCUGAGUUCAAUAAAUAAUGAUUUGCAUGGAGUACGAGGAGCCUUGUGGCAAAUUAUUCUUACUGCUUUCUUUUGACAUUUAAACAAGAUGUCAGUACUUGAGCCAUUGCCCCACAGCUGGAUUCCAUAUAGCAGAAAGCUAUGAAUAUGGGCAAAGUGAACACUCAUUAGAACAGACAUAUCUACAAUAUUACAUAAUCUACGUAAAAGGAAGAUGCCCUUGUUGAUUUUUUCAUAAAUAUAUGUUAUAUGGCAUUUCCAAGUCAGGUUGGUAUCAAUUUUCACACCAAGAAACUUAAUUGAGUUUAUGUCAUUAAUUUGUUUGUCAAACCUAAAGUUAAAUCCUCUGUUUUUGUGGAAUUAAUGCUCAAAUUGUUUGCUGCACACCAAUCUUCAAUUUUAGAGGUAUUAUUCAGUAUGUUAGAAUACAAAUGAUCCUUAUUCUUAUUAGCUACUUUCAAACCUAAGUCAUCUGCAAACAAAUACGAAGCACUAUCGUCAUUACAAGAGUUAAUGAUAUUAGGCAAAUCAUUAAUAUAAACAAUGAAUAACAGUGGACCAAGAAUGGAACCUUGUGGUAUGCCGUAUUUGACUGUUCCACCUCUAGAAUACUCGCCAUUUUUUAAAACAUACUGUACUCAGUAGUAUAAAAAAGGGGGAGUCUGGGGCACAAGUGCCCCAGACUCCCCC